CCCAACAAUAUUAUCGGCGUUUUUCGAAAAGCUCAUGUCAUUCCGCCUAGUCCGUAUUUCAUCUUCUUAAACUUAUUUAGUCUUCCUCGCACUCGCAUUUUUUUUUAAAAUGGCUUCGGUCAUGCUUCCCGUGGAACCCACGCCUGGAUUCUCUUUCGAAAAUUGUAGGAGGAACGAGUUUCUUAAAGCCAAAGGAUACAAAGCACCAGUUGCCACCAAAACAGGAACUACAAUCGUCGGAUGUGUUUUUGCAGACGGAGUAAUUCUGGGUGCUGAUACCCGAGCAACCGCAGGCUCUAUUGUCGCUGACAAAGAAUGUGCAAAGAUUCAUUACAUGGCAAAAAAUAUGUACUGUUGUGGAGCGGGUACUGCUGCUGAUACAGAAGCAACAACAGCCCUAAUUUCAUCUCAACUUGAGCUGCAUCGACUUAACACAGGUCGAGUUGUCCCUGUAGUCACAGCUGCCACUAUGUUGAAACAGAUGCUCUUCAGAUACCAGGGCCAUAUUGGAGCAGCUCUUAUUUUGGGUGGAGUUGAUUCAAAUGGUAGCCACCUCUAUACAAUUGCUCCACAAGGCUCUACGUCCAAAAAUCCAUUCACCAGUAUGGGCUCAGGUUCUUUGGCUGCUAUGUCUAUCUUAGAGAAAUGCUGGAAACCUAACAUGACGGAGGAGGAAGCCAAAAAAGUAAUCCGAGAUGCCAUUGCUGCUGGUAUUUUUAAUGAUCUGGGAUCUGGAAGUAAUGUAGAUUUAUGUGUCAUUCGCAAAGGCUCUGUAGAAUACGUUAAGCCCUACGAGAAACCUAAUGUAAAAGGCACAAGGACUGGCAACUACAAGUUCAAGAGAGGAACAACUGAGGUUCUCUCAAAGAAAGUUGUCCCAAUCAUCAUCGAGGAAGAAAUUGUGAAGCCAAUCUCAAGUGACAGUCAAAUGGAUACCUCUUGAUCAUACUUUUGAGCCACGUGAUUCUUUUUCGUUUUAUUUUCGAAUGUUAAUAUUUGUUUAUGAAAUCUCUCGAUCAUAUUUUUGAACUGAGUGAUCCUAUUUCGUUCAAUUUUUGAAUGUUAAUAUGUGUUUAUGAAUUUCUAUCUUUUUUUUUCACAUAACUAUGCAAGUAUUAAAAACAGUGUACUACUAAAGGUGUAAACAAAAUAAUCAGUAAAUCUUUUUAACUUUUUAAA